AUGCCGGGUGAUGGCAGCAGCUGGAUGACAGAGCUGGUCAAUACAGCAGGAGGAGCAACUACCAACACGCCCACCCAGCUGGAGAUUGCCAUGGACACCAUGAUUAGAAUCUUCCACCGCUACUCCUGCAAGGAGGGGGACAGGUUCAAGAUGAAAGGGGAGCUGAAAAUGCUCCCGCAGGGAGACCUUGCAGAAUUCCUCUCGUGUCAAAAGGAUCCCGAGUUGGUUGAUAAGAUAAUGCAGGACCUGGAUGCCAAUAAGGACAAGGAAGUGGAUUUUAAUGAAUUCGUGGUCAUGGUGGCAGCUCUGACAGUUGCUUGCAAUGAUUACUUUGUAGAACAAUUGAAGAAGAAAGGAAAGACAAGGACAGGUUUCGUGGAAGACAGGUUUUCCACGGACAGACGGGAUGCGGGUGGGGAAUGGUUCAAGCGGAAAUGCAAGCUAUGGUGA